UGCGCUAUCCAGGAACUCAAAGAGGCGGAACUGAAUAAAAGGAACGUGUUUUCUACCGAACACAUUUCAAACAAGUACGCGUUCUCCCGUUGCCGUGGCAGCAGCGACUUCAGGAAGAACGUUCGGGCGAUUAAUGAUGGAUGCUCGAGAGACAGAUCUGCUGGGUGGCAGUGAGAACAUAGUUGAAAUGCAGAAUUUGGAAGAAGAGGACUUUGCUGUUUCAAAAUCAUCAGAUGCUUAUGCAGAGUUUGACAUGGUUAUUGGGAACAUCGAGGAUAUUAUAAUGGAGGAUGAAUUCCAACAUCUUCAGCAGUCUUUCAUGGAGAAAUAUUACCUUGAGUUUGAUGAGUCUGAGGAGAACAAGCUCAGCUAUACACCUAUUUUUAAUGAAUAUAUUGAAGUCCUAGAAAAACAUCUGGAACAGCAGUUGGUAGAGCGAAUUCCUGGAUUCAACAUGGAUGCCUUCACCCAUUCACUUAAACAGCACAAAGAUGAAGUCUCAGGUGACAUACUUGACAUGCUGCUCACUUUCACUGACUUUAUGGCCUUUAAAGAGAUGUUCAUUGAUUACAGAGCAGAAAAGGAGGGCAGAGGAUUGGACCUUAGUACUGGACUGGUGGUGAAAUCUUUAAAUUCUGAAUUCAAUAGGCAUUUCAUGUAAAUGAACUUGGUCAGUCAACACAUAUGAUUAUUCCCAUUUAAAAAUAUUAAUAUUUAUUGAAAAUUCCUUUCUGACACAUCCCAAAACAACAGCCACGGUUAUACUUGACAGAAGGGGAUUGGUGUUUAAUUUAGGUUAAUGUUUAAACUUAACAUUAGGGUUAUCUGUCAGCUUAUCCGGUAUGAUUCCUCUAACAGUAUUCAUCUGUCACCAAAUCCACUCGGUCUGGAUCAGCCUUUCUUAUCUUGUUGGCCUAAAGCACAGCAAAACACUAUUGCAGCAAACUGAUGUAGAAAGCUGUAAUGUGCAUUUGAGUAUCUCAAAGCUGCCACUUUAUUGCAAAUAUACCCAAAUAAUUCCUUUCGCUUGACAAUCAUUAAGGGCUUUACAAUACAAAAGUAUUCUACGUGCCUGAUAUGACAACCGAUCUAAAAGACCCUUUUUCCAUUUAAAAGACUUGCAAGUCUUUAAGUAAAAUAUAACAUAAUUAAAAAGUGUUUAUACAGUUACCAGAAGCAAUGUAAAUAAUCAGUUUUUCAUGCUUUUAAUGUGAUGCGGAGAUGUUUUGGAUCUCUCAUAUCUUCC